AUGUCUGCUGAUCUUGAUUUCCGUCAGGAUUUGACGAGAAUUCAAGCCCCUUCGGACGAGAUUCCUGCCCUACAGCAGCCUUGCAGCUCUGCGGAUGAUCAGAUAGGCCUUGUGAUUCAAGGAAAUGGAGGAGAGAGCAAUGAGUGUCGAACUCCCACUUCCAAAGAACACAAGAUUCCUCCCGUUUUGAGCUGUCCGCCGGCGCCACGGAAACCCAGGAGGACGCCGUCGUGUAAAAGAAAGCUGUCGGAGUUGGAAUUCAUUAAGAUCGUGAAUCACGAAGAAGUCGACUCUUUCUUCCGAUCAAGUUUUGAUGCUCCUGCAAAAAGAAGAUGCCCUUGUAAAUGA